GUGGUGGUCCAAAAUCAUGGUCAAAGCAACUGAAGCACUACCUCCAUUAUGAAGUUGAGAGUCUCCCCCACUAUCUUAAUCAUUCCUACUACUUACAUCUCAAUUGACUUUGGGUGAUUCUUCAUUUGUUCUUCACCUAGUCUAUUUCCCACCUUCAGUCCAAACAAACGGAAAGCAUCACACAAUCAUCAUGGCUUCAGAAUUGAAACCCCUCAAUGUUCUCAUGGUGGGAACUGGUGAAUAUACCACCGGUUUCGUAGGAGGUGGGGCUUCGGGGUCAGACAAGAAAGUUGGAGUUGUAGGACUCUCAUUAUUUGACCUGCGAAGACGCGGAAAGGUUGAUAAGUUGUCUAUGGUUGGCACAUCUGGAGGAAAAUUCCCAGCUAUCCGUUUGUCCCCCAGUUUAACCUCCACCGAAUUGUGUGGCAUCUGCCAUGUAUCACCAACUGACAAGCUUCACUAGGUGAACAUCUUAACAAGAACAUCUCCCAAGUUUACAACAAUCUUGACACAUCCUUCGAUUCCUUCCCAGCAAAUGACAAAACCGACCCCUCAGCAUACAAAACCGCCAUUGAUGCUCUUUCGCCGGGUGAUGCCAUUACAAUCUUUACUCCCGACACAACCCAUUACCCCAUCGCUCUUUAUGCCAUCGAACGUAAAAUUCACGUCCUAAUAACAAAGCCCGCUGUCAAGAUCCUUUCCCAACAUCUCGAACUUCUCGAAGCUGCCAGAAAGAAUGGAGUUUAUGUUUAUAUUGAACAUCACAAAAGAUUCGACCCCGCAUACUCCGAUGCUAGAUACAAGAGUUUGGGAAUGGGUGAUUUUAAUUACUUUUACAGUUAUAUGAGUCAACCUAAAUCACAAUUGGAGACAUUUAAGGCAUGGGCUGGUGUAGAUUCAGAUAUCAGUUAUUAUCUCAAUUCGCAUCAUAUUGACAUUUGCGAGUCGAUGGUUUCACAGCAGGGAUUCUUGCCAGUGAAGGUUUCAGCGAGUGCUAGUAAGGGAACGGCCGUAGGACUAGGUUGUGAUCCAAUCACCGAAGAUACUAUCUCUUUACUUGUACAUUGGGUCAAGAAGGAUGAUCCAAGCAAGAGAGCUACUGGUGUGUACACCGCAUCUUGGACUGCUCCACAAAAGGCCGGUGUUCACUCAAAUCAAUAUUUCCACUACAUGGCUAGUGGAGGAGAAAUCCGUGUUGAUCAAGCCAAGAGAGGUUACGACGUCGCUGAUGACAAGGUUGGUCAAUUAAUGUGGUAUAACCCAUUUUACAUGCGUUACGCACCAGAUGAGGAGGGCAACUUUGCCGGACAGACGGGUUAUGGAUAUGUCAGUUUCGAAAAGUUUGUCGAUGGAUGCAGGUUGGUCAAUAAGGAUGGUGUUUCUGCCCUGAAGGUCUUAGAUGAUAGAGGAUUACCAACUUUGGCAAAUACUGUGGGGACAACUGCUAUCUUGGAAGCUGGAAGAAGAGCAUUAGAUGAGAACAGGGAGGUAGAAAUCAAGGUUGAAGAUGGAGUUUGGUCUCUAGUUUAAGGGAAAUAUUGGGAGAUGAUUGAUACCUAGGUGUCUAAUUGAAUUCACUACAAGGUGCAGCUGCAAAUUAAUUGUUUGCUUCUACUUAAUCUUCGAUAAUCAGCGAAAUUUUCACUCUUCGUUCUUGCCAUCGUC